UUGUGCAAUAGUGCUCUUAUGUGCCUUUUGUGCGGACAUUCAUAAUGUAAACAAUUGGAUAUUCAGUUUUUUAUUGAGGUCUCUUUGUGUCAGGCGGAAAGAAGAAAAGUUUGUCCGCUUCAAAUUUUUGUUUUAGUGUGUGAAGUGUGAAGUGAAAAAGACAAAAAUGAAAUUUUAUUGCAAAAUUUGCAAUAAAAUUUUUAAGAAAUUUGUUCUUUUUGAGGGACAUUUUGACUUUAGUGAUGAAUGUAGAGACAAACAGAAAUCGUUCAUCGAGUGUUAUAUAUGUAACAAAAACUUUCGUACCUCGGCUGCCUUAAAAUAUCAUAUCCAGCAGCAUACAAUCAAACGUGCCAAAAAUGUGACCUCAAUGAAAAAGCCACAAGUGGCAAAAAUAGUUCGAAAACCGGUGAUACCAAAAAUUACGUUGAAAAAGCAAUGGAAUUUCAAAGUUGAACCACACGGCGUUGGUGUGGACGCGAAAAAUGUGGUGCCCAAAAGUCCACAGCUCGAAUGCAAAAUUUGCGGAAACAAAUUUCAGAACCUUCUCCAUUUGGCGCAACAUUCGACAGAACAUGAAAAGAAAGAAGGACACGCUAGUAGCCCUCAAACAGUACAAGAAAAUGGAAAGAGAAAGUCAGAGGACAUUGAGAGCGUAACGAGUGCACCAAUAACGACAACUAAGUCAAGUGUAAAAUUGCAUCGCAAUCAGUGUAGCGUAUGCAAAAUUGUUCUUAGGCAUGGUGGUGCCCGGUUAGUCAGACACAUGCAGAUUCACGUUGACGGGAAACAUAAAUGCAACGUUUGCAACAUAAAAUUUUCACAAGUUUCACUGUUCUGGCAUAAAAAAUACUUUCAUCAAAAACAAAAUCAGUCGGAAUUGUUGGCGGAUGAAGCCAAAGGCCAGCAGUCAGCCAAAGGCCAGAAGUUAGCUUCACAGAUAAAAAGCUCUACGAACCGUCAUUUGCUUAAAAAGCACAAAGGAAUGAGCACCGUCGAAAACAAGAGACGUCGGUGCAAGAUUUGUAAAGCCAUAGUUACAAUUGCAGACGUUCAACACAUGCAGAACCAUAAAACUGGCAAAUUUAAGUGCGAAAUUUGCAACAUUCGAUUUGCACAACGGUCGUUCGUUUGGCAUCAAAGACGUUUUCAUCCGGAGAUAGACAUUCACAAAUGUACCAUUUGCAAGGCCAAUGUACCUGACUCAAAAACGAAGCAACGACAUCUGCUAAUCCACAAAAUUGGCGAAGUGAAAUGUGAGGUGUGCGACAUUCGCUUCACACCCCCGUCUCUACUGAUGCACCAAAAGAAAUUCCAUCCAGAUCUUCCGCGACUGUUAAUUAUGAAACAGGCGUGCAACGUCUGCAAAAUCAUUUGUCGCAGCAAAGCGGCUUUAGACCAUCACGACGAUAUGCACGCAAAUGGUGAAUUCAAAUGCGAAGUCCAUCAGAUUCGAUUCACAUUCGAAGCCCUGCAAAUUCACAACAAGCGUUGGCAUGGUAAAUCGAUUGUAACGUGUCCAACUUGUAAAUUUAGAUUUGCCAACGCCGAACAUCUUGAGCGACACAAGAAGGUGCACGUCAUUGGCAGUGUCAAGUGUGAAAUAUGCGAUAUUCCAUUCACCAGCUGCUCGUUGGUCUAUCAUCAGAAAAUGUUCCAUCGUGAGUUAUACCAUGGCGUUUUGCGGGCCGAACGAAUGCGCAGGCAGAAACUACGAGCAAACCGCAGUCAACGCCAAAAAAUUAUCGCAUCCCAUCGUUUUCGGUGCACCUAUUGCAAGUUAUCCUAUGACGAUCCCAAGAAGCUGGAGAUUCAUACUGCUGUUCAUACCGAUGGAGAUGUCGAGUGCCGUAUUUGUAAAGUUAGAUUUACCAAAACUUCGCUGUUAUUUCACGAGAAACGUUUCCAUCCGGACGCCCAGAGAAAGGAACGCAUUUUGAAAGCCAUUCAUCGACAUAUAUCGGAUGAGCUACAAGGACUCAAUGAGUUGGAGUCGAAAGACAUUCCGAUCAUUUUAGAGGACCAAUACAAGCAACUGAAGGCGGAAAAUAAUUCGAACGCGCAGUGCGUAAUUUGCAAAUUACCAUGUGGCGAUGGCAAACAACUCGACAGACACAUAACGGUGCACAUCGAAGGUGAUUAUAAAUGCGAAAUAUGCUCCGUGUGGUUCACCAAAAAUUCGCUAGAAUUUCACCAAAAACGUUUUCAUCCUGAAUUCUAUGAGGAACGUGUUGCCAACGGGAUCAAAUUGAUGAAAGAGCAUGGUGACGAUGUCAAAGUGAAUGAAUUUUCGGAGAAAAAGACCCUUAAAAAUUUGAAUCAACAAUGUGACAUUUGCAAAGUAUACGCUGGAACUGGCGAGCGGUUGGAGGAACAUAAGCGCACCCACAUUACUGGUGAUGCCGAAUGUAAGAUCUGUAACAUUCGAUUCACGACGACGGCCCUUCGAUAUCAUCAGAAACGUUACCAUCCAUCGGACUACAUUCCACAAUCUCAUGAACACAAAUGCACUGUGUGCACAUUGACAUGUAUGGAUCCCAAACAAUUGGAGACCCAUAUGACCGUACACACCGAAGCUGAUACUCAGUGUGACAUUUGCAAUAUUCCAUUUACAGUGCCCUCGUUACGUUACCAUAUGAGACGCUUCCAUGCGGAUACGAAUUCGGUUUCAACACAACUUUUACAGAAAGCGCUUCAAAGGAAUAAGAUCGAGGCAUCAGAGAAUGCACUGAAUCCGUUGAACAGAAAUCAAUGCCCCAUUUGCAAUUUAAAUUGUGACGGAAAGAAAUUCGAUGUCCACAUCAAAGUUCACAUUGACGGCGACGUACAGUGCUCGGUUUGCCAAACUUGGUUCACGCCUUUAUCUCUUGAUUACCACUACAAGCGCUUCCAUCCGCACUUAUACGUUGCCAAGGAAACCCGGAGUGAAACGCAAUACCAGUGCAAUUUUUGCAAAUUGGUGUCGCAGGACGAAACUAGACUGAAGGAACACAUGAAGGUCCAUCGAGGUAAUGUAAAAUGUGACAUCUGUAACAUACCGUUUACCAAACUAUCGCUGAUCUAUCACUACAAACGAUUCCAUCUGAAUGUGACGGAGAAGGAACGGAUUUUAAAGUCCAUCGAAAAUUCGGCGCCCAGAAAGAAUCUUCAUAAUUGUACCAAAUGUAUGAACGAUUCUUCACACGAAAUCUGUUACCAUCGCAACGCAGUUGAAUCUGUGGAGAUACCAUUUUCCUUCGGUAGUCUAUUGGAUGCAGAUCGUGAACCUAUAGACUUCCCACCACUUCUCAGUACUCCAUUAAGUGUGGAACAGGAUUCUGAUGAAAGCAAUCAGGUUGUUGCAAUUGUCAAAAGACGCAACUACGAAUGUUAUGUGUGCAAAGAACCAUUCAAAAUUGCAUACCAACUGCAGGACCACUUAGCCAAACAUAUUGUCUACGAGCAAUGGGUCGAUCCGUCGAAUGUUUAUCUAUCGAAUUGGGAUCCUGAUGAAUUGAGCGAAAUAAUAUCGGAACAGCCGAUAGUGAUGGUGGAGAACAUGCGGAACAUAAAUUUAAAAAUGUUGGCUGGCGGACCGAAUAAAAAUUGCGUGGAUAAACUACAAGAUGUCAAUGAAAAUUUGACCGAAACGGAUCUACCAAACACUGUGAAGAAUGACUGUACAGUUGAUCCGGACACGACACAAAAUCAUUGUGACGAUGUGGUUGAGAUAUUAUCGGAAUCCGAGGAUGAGUACGAAACCAUUCAAUAUCAGUUGAAUAAGAAACCAAAGCUGCCGUUUCAACCGGAGUUUCCGGGAACAGAGAAUGACGCCAAUGAGCCAGUGUACAUUUCGUCGGAUGACGAGGACAAUUACGAGAUGGAUGUAACCGAUACGUUUCACUGUUAUUUUUGCAACGGGCGAUUCGUAACGUUGGCUCAGUUCGGAGAGCACGGAAAAAUUUGCCAUAUGAAAGGGGAACCGGAUUUUUAGUUGAUUGACUGAACGACUGUCCCCCGUGGCUUUACUUAAUUUUUUUAAUUGAGAUUAUUUUUGCCAAAAAUUUCUUACAAACCAUUUUUUGUACGAAAACAAAAUUUAAACGAAAAAAGUAUAUUUAGUAAUGUUAAGAGACUCCACUGACUGCAAUAAGCGUGACAACGAAUCGAUCAAUGAAGUUGAGUGCAAUUUAACUUCGUUAGCAAUAAAAAUGAAAUCGAACUGAA